AAGGUCUCUCCCCUUGUCCUUCCCCUGUCAGGAGUCAUGCCCCCAUAAGCCCCAAAACGUCAUGCUCCACUUCCAUGAGAAUGGCAGAAUCUCCACAAUCCAACUCCACCUUCCUACGUCCAACCUUCUUCCUAUUGACUGGCAUUCCAGGACUAGGGGGUUCCCAGGUCUGGCUGACACUGGUCUUUGGGCCCAUGUAUCUGCUGGCCCUUCUGGGCAAUGGAGCACUGCUGGCAGUGGUGCGGAUAGACACUAGCCUGCACCAGCCCAUGUUCCUACUCCUGGCCACACUGGCAGCCACAGACCUGGGCUUAGCUACAUCUAUAGCCCCAGGGCUGCUGACUGUGCUUUGCCUUGGGCCCCGGCCUGUACCAUAUGCUGCCUGCCUGGUUCAGAUGUUCUUUGUACAUGCGCUGACUGCCAUGGAAUCUGGUGUACUGUUGGCCAUGGCCUGUGAUCGUGCUGUGGCCGUCGGGCGUCCACUGCAUUAUCCUAUCCUAGUCACCAAAGCCCGUGUGGGCUAUGUAGCCCUGGCACUGGUACUGAAAGCUGUGGCUAUUGUUGUACCUUUCCCGCUUUUGGUAGCACGAUUUGGGCACUUUCGAGCUAAAACUAUAGGCCAUGCCUACUGUGCACAUAUGGCAGUGGUAGAACUGGUGGUGGGAAACACACGGGCAAACAACUUAUACGGGCUGGCCCUUUCGCUCGCCGUGUCAGGUUUGGAUAUUCUGGGCAUCACUGGUUCCUAUGGGCUCAUUGCCCAUGCUGUGCUGCGACUGCCUACCCGGGAGGCCCGGGCCAAGGCCUUUGGUACGUGUAGUUCCCAUAUCUGCGUCAUUCUGGCCUUCUAUGUGCCUGGUCUCUUCUCCUACCUCACACACCGCUUUGGUCGUCACACAGUGCCAAAGCCCGUCCACAUCCUUCUCUCUAAUAUCUACUUGCUGCUGCCACCUGCGCUCAACCCCCUCAUCUAUGGAAUCCGCACCAAGCAAAUCAGGGACCGGCUCCUAGAAACCUUCACAGCCAGAAAAGGCCAGUUCUAAUGG